AUGUAUAGAGUGGUAGAUUUUGUUAAUUUGCUCUCUUAUGAUUUCCAUUAUUACCAUCCUGGAUUAAGUUAUACACACCAUCACAAUGCAUUAUAUAGAAGACCAAGCAGCACAGGACAUCACUUUACUUUAAAUGUGGAUAUGGUAGCAAGAUAUUGGAGUUUGUCUGGAAUGCCACGAAAAAAAAUUAUGAUUGGAAUUUCUACUCAUGCCCAAACAUUUAAUCUUGCAUCUACUUAUGCACAUGGAAUAGAUGCUCCUGCAAAAGGACCUGGUUUAGGCUUUGGACGCUUACCUUAUAGUAAGGUAUGUUAUUUUUUGCAAAGUGGAGCACAUCGAAUAUUUGAUAUAUUUGCUAGAGUUCCAUAUGCUUAUAAAGGACAUCAAUGGAUGUCUUUUGAUGAUGAAGAAAGUGUUGCAGAAAAGGCUAAAUGGGUGAAGAGAAACAGUUUCGGUGGAAUAAUGACAUAUAAUUUAAAUAACGAUGACUGGCAGAUGAAAUGCGACAAUCAAACUUCAUUUCCUUUACAUAGAACUAUAGCAGAUAUAUUUAAAUAAAUUAUUAUGUAAAUUGUUAACUGAAAAUAAAAUGAAAAAUUACUAUUUAUA